GUGUACGUGUGUGUGUGUUUGAGUCAGAGCUGUGGCAUCAUAUUUAUCGAUGGUGAAAAAUAUAUGGCAGCCAAAAAUAAGAAUAAUGCUUAAAACCGAAUGCUAGUUUUGUUCACUGCUUAUUUUGUAGUUAUUUAGCAUAUUUAUUUAUACCCUAGUAAAGUGAAAAGCCGUGUAAAGUGAUUACGAGUGUUUCAACAAAUAAAAAUCAGCAGCUAAGCAUGAAGCGGGGAAUAUUUUUUUUAUGGAAGUGCCAGUAAGGCGUUGCCGAACAAGUUUGCCAUCGAACUCCUUUACUUAUUGUGUGUUGGUGAAUCAAACAACACGAUUACAUCAUGUCGCAGGAGUACGCGCAGCAUGUGCUGAAGGUGGCCGUGGCCCAAAUCUGUCGCACUAUCGGAUGGCACUCAACACACGCCUCAACGAUGGACCUACUGAUCGAUGUAACGCAGCAUUUUCUGCGGGAAAUAUCGCGAAUCAUGCACCGAUACUGCGAGCUAUACAAUCGUACCGAAGCGAAUCUGGACGAUCUGGCCCUCGCGUACAAAGAGAUUGGCAUCAAUCUGGACGAGCUGAUGGAGUACGUACAAUUCGUUGAUCCAAUCCCACUGACUCUGGAAGUUCCUCGGUUCCCCCUGCCGAAGGAGUCUAAUCUUAACUUCCUGAAGCCGGGUAGUCGCGAAGUGUUGACGCGACCGGUACACAUACCGGAGUAUAUGCCACCGCUCAUGCUGGAAGCCGAAGAGGAUGGUGCUACCGAUCGACCCGAGAACGAUGGGGAGAAGCGAACCGCGUACAACGAUGCAUCGAAAAGCUUGCUGAACAAUGCUGCCAUUGCGAUCGCGGCAACUGUGGCUGCUACGAUAUCAUCGGAAGCAAGAGCUCUGGCUGAUGGUGGAAGUGGCAGCGGCACGUCAAGUGACACUAAGGGAGGACCGAUGGUAACAAGCGUGGAAGAAGUAAGCAGCACUGGUGAAGGUUUAGAUGAUGGCUCUAGCAUACCGCACGUCGUUAUAAAUGAAGAAGUGGAAAUACCGAUGCAGACAAUCGAGGUGAAGGAACCAUCGAAUGUCGGUGGCAAUGAAGAACCUACCGCUAUCAAUACCGUAAGCAAACGGCCCGAUAAUGUUAUAGUGGCAGACAAACCAACCCAACCCGACGAUACAACGCUCGCGGCAGGCUCGAAACCUGUCCUUACAACGGAAGAGGGUCGCCCGACGCGCGAAAUCAGUAGUGUCAUCAUGACCACUUCGGGUUUCAUUUCGCCAGCACGCGAAGGCAAGCUGCCUGAGUCUAGGAUUCCCAUCAUACCGGAAGAUCGUCCUAUGCAACAACCGUCACCGGUGAUUUCAGUUAUACCACCGGCGCUUACCACCGUCAGCCACCUGCAAAUGAGCUCUGCCUUACCACCCGGAGCUUCAAUGCCGGCAGGUGUUUCAUCGCUUCACGGUCCGAGUCCCGUAUCAUCGGCAGCACUUUUAGCAUCUGCGGCUAGUAAUUACUAUCCUAAGCCAGGUACAAUCGAUGGUACGACGGGUGGUGCUGUUGGGCUUCCACCUCCCGCAAGCACACCAGGCAGCAUCGGUGUGGGUGUCGGUUUACCGUCCGAUACAUCUACUCCCUUAGCGCCGUUAAUGAAACCGCAAGGUGAGGAAAAACCGGUCAAAAAGAUGAAAAAGAAACCAGCCGAUCGGGAGAAAAAGAAGGCGAAUGCGUCAAAAAAAUCAGACAAGCAGCAUGCGGCAGGUGAAAAAGGCACAGCAACUAUGGCAAAACAAACGCUUCCGAUGGACGUUCCGUUCGGGACAAUUGUGGCAAAAGACGAACCCAAUUUCACCAUACAACUACCACCACCAUCGGAUGCGCCAGUGGCCGGGAGAGUUCUAGAUAGUCUUGUUGGUUUGAGCAACCAGUUCGUAAAAAAUAGUGUCCUAGGCACAGAAGCGAAUGAAGCUACUAAAGCAGAAAGUAGCAUGCCCGGCGGUGUCGGUUUGGUCGUAUCGCCAAACCCUACCACCGGUAAACCAGCCAAACCCGCCAAGGUAAAGGUGCCGAAGGAAAAAGCUGUCAAGAAACGCAAAUCUGCAACUCCGAAACAUGCACCAGUACCAGUAGCCGGAGAAAUGUUGAUGGACGAUCCGAUGCUUCUGCAGAGACCACCAUUGCCGAUGCAAAAUUUCCUUCCAUUUCCAACAACGCCAAAGACGAAGAAGGUACCAAAAGCUUCGAAAAAGGCGGCCGUUCAACGUGGUCAGUUUGAUGCGGAACAUCCACCACCGCUCAUUCCCGGACCGCUCGGCCUCGGUACCCCAUCGUUUGGCGGUCCGAUGAAACCCGGCAUUAGCAAUCCGGCUCCGGACAACUUGUUCGGAAAGCCGUCCAAUACUACCGGCGGUAUCGGCUCGUCCACAACGGCCGCGAUAUCGUUUCAGGCGAAAAAGCCUCCGUUGGUGGGUUCGUUCAAGCAGGAAGAAUCCCACGAAUCCCAGCAACAGUACAUCGAUCAAGCAGCUCAGCUCAAUAUGUUGCAGAAAAUGCAUCCUAGUUUGGAAAUAACGGCUUCACCGAGUUUCUCCUCUCAAGACGAACACGAAAAGCCGCUCACACCGGGGCGGAUGAUAUUUGAAGGAAGCCGGGGUAUGAAACCAGACACGACAACGAGCGAUCGGGAUGUGAUUGUGAUUGAUGACGAUAAAUCGCCCCCGCACGUGCCCGCUGUAUCGUCCACUAUGGCAACACCACCAACAACAAAGAAACAACGCAAACAAACUGCACAAACGAACACUAACACACCGCCUGCUGUAAGUUUGCAGGGACUACCUCCUCCGUACGCAAUUGGAUCGGAUGGUGAGUUCCGUCCCGACGAUCCGAGCCAUUUUUCGCCGCUCUCGUCAAAUGUUCCAAAAACGCCCGAUAUCCGACUGCAGCAUUCGUCCUCAUCCUCGACGGCUUCUUCUUGGAUGAACGAAUCACCGCGGCUGGCAGCAACGCCAAAGAAAGCGGCCGUUACUGGUAAUCUGUUUUCUGAGCUUGCCUCCAAAACACCGGAUGAAGCGGCGAGACUAACAUUGGCCGGUGCUACGGUUUCUGCUGCUGCUACUACUGUCGAAGGUGGCAAGAAGCCAAAACGACCGAAGCAGAAACCGAAAGCCGAUGCAAAGACGGUGGCGAAGCUUGCGGAAGCAAACAAAAAGCUCGACGAAGCUGUGGCAGCCGGGCAAAAAUUUGGCAACGCAUCUAGUAGCGGCCAUCAGUACCCAUUCUCGGUGUAUCCAGGCUCUUUGAAUCCGUUCGCACCAGAUGCGAGCGUUUACAGCAAGUACCUUAACCAGUCGCUACAAUCGGUUGCCGGGUUGCGAAAUACGAUGCCCUUCGGCAUCUUUCCGCUACCGUCCGGUCCGGGUCUGAUACCUGACAAUCCACUUUUUCCUCGGUUACCUCCGACGUAUCCCGGUCAACCUCGAGGACCCGGUGGCUUUCAAAUGCCACCGAAUCCGUUUGGAUUGCCUGGCAUUAACCCGAUGAAUCUGCUCCGUAUGCCAACUCUUGCGAAUAGGAUGCCAGGCGGAGCCGGAGGCAGUCAGCGCGACUUUCUGGACGAACCGUUGGAUCCGGAAACGAAGCUUGCCCAAACGCCACUCGAUCUGCAAAAGUCUACCUGUAACGUGGCACCGCUUGUGCCACCAUCACUGUUUCAAAGUGCGAGCGAAAGUAUGGCGCUGGGGGGCACGAACGAGCUACUCAAUUUGUCCGUCAGCAAGUCUACUUCGUCACUAUCUCCGGGUAAGGAUACAGUCUCCACCACACAAACAGCAUCCUCCACUAGAAAUGAAACAUCAGUGACAACUUCGGCUGCUGCUGGUGGUGGUGCUAGUGCUAGCAUUUUUAGCUCGACUGGUGUAACAUCGAUCGUCAAGGAAUCGUGCAAGGAGGACCAAGUCGUUAUACUGCCCGCGGCCAGCGUACUACUUGGCGCUAGUCCACCGCAACGGUCCAACAUGCUGGUGGUCGACGUGAUCGAAGAUUCCGAUGACGGUAGCCAAUCGACGGUGGGUGGUAAGAGCAAGGACGGCAAGCGCAAGCAGAAGGAGCACAAAAAGGACCGCAAGCUCAAAGAUGGUAAGAUAAAAAAGAAGAAGGACAAAAAGGACAAGAGCAAGAGUAAAGAUCGCGAGCGGGAGCAGCAGCUGAAGGAGCUUGCGGCCGGUACGGCGACUUCACCCGGAGUGAUGACGAUGGGCAUGAUCGGAGCAGAGGAAGCACUGAUGGAACAGUUGCGAAAGGAGCGCAAAGAAAAGAAGGAGAAGCGCAAGGAGAAAAUAAAGAAGGAGAAGCGCAAGGAGAAGGAGCGCAGUAUGGUAGCGAUUGGAGGAAGCGCUAGUACUGUCGGUCCAGCAUCGUCCUCAUCCGUAGGUUCAACUGGAGCCAGUGCCGUCCAGGCGUCCGGGGACGUUGUGCCAAAGCUAAUGCUCAAAAUCGGGGGUUCUAAUGCCACACAAUCGCCCCGUUCGGAAACGCCCGACCAGCAGCUGUUCGGUGCAUCUAGUGCUGCCGUCGCUGUUGCAGCAACAUCCAUAGGGGAUUCAAAGCGCGAUGUUUCUCCGGAGCUGGCACGCAUAUCGGCCCUGGUAACACGCCCACCCAAGCUGAAAGUCGCAGGCGGUGGUUUGACUGCCGGUGGCAGCAAGAGCAAGAAAGAUGAGGCUAGUAAAAAUGUGCCACUAAUUGGAUCACCAUUGCUGGGACUCGCCGGUACAGAGCAGUUGAAAUUGCAUGCCGGUUUGGACAGUGACGACACCUUUAGCGCUUUAAAGCAAUCAACUAAAUCGAGCCACCUUACAGCAAGUGCAGUCAGUAGUAGUUCAUCUGCGCUCGUGAACUACGGCGCUACAGAUGAUAGUAGUGCCGGUGCCGGUGUUGGAAGUUCAACUAGCCGGGGAUCAAAGGUAGCCCGCUUGAUAGAUGUCUUCUCAGCAGAUUCGACGGUGAAAUCGUUCGCCGGUGGCGAAACGUCCAAAAAAGCCAUGAAAGAAUCGUCCAAAGGAUCGAAAUCGGUGCAUCAUCACCAUCAUCAUCAUGCGAGCCUGGUAGACACGUACAACACUACCCCUGCUCAUAUGACGGAUGCGGACGGGAAUACGGUAUGGAUUUGUCCGGCGUGCGGCCGGGUGGAUGACGGUACACCGAUGAUCGGAUGUGAUGGGUGCGAUGCAUGGUAUCACUGGGUGUGCGUCGGCAUUCAGGUACCGCCGGAUGAUAAUGAAGACUGGUACUGUAGGGUUUGCAUUGCCAAGAAGCAGGACUCGCACGCGGACGAAAAGCAGCGCAAGCGUAAGAAGAAGGACAAGAAGACGGCGAAAGAAUAAGCCUUAAAAAAUGUUGGCGAAUGAAACAACAGCGUAAUGCUUUAUUGUGCAGUACACCGUUAAUCAAUUAGUAAUAAGUUCAAUAGUAGAUUGUAACAUAAAUGUUCGUAGUAGAAAGUUUAUCUUCAAAGCAAAGUAGUAUCAAAAAAUGGUUUGUUCACAAUUCAUACUGGACAAAUAACGAAAAAGGAUGUUGUAAUUAUAACACAUGACGUCAUAAGUGGACGUUGUCACGUCCAAUAAAAACUAAUGCGACCCAAAAACACGGUUUAACCGAGAAAGAGAGAAGAAAAAGAACCACACGCAUACCCAAUAGCAGAAAAGUAACGUAAGGAAAACUUUGAAACGUUUGAUGGUAAGCAGUUAUCGAAUUAUUAUACAUUCCUAAUGAAAAAGAAAGGAAGUUAAAUUACCCGUCUUAUGACAUUGAUAGAACAUAAUGUGUUGGUAAAAUUUCUUCCGUUAUAAAGUCAAACAAUUUGUGGAAAGGAUUAGAUUCAGGACAAUCGUUUCAUGAUAAUCGCAAGUAAUAUGCGCUAAUUAGUAAAACGUCUGAAAAAAGGUUCUGGCCUGGGGGAUUCGUGUACUACGGUAAAAUGUCAUGUAAGGGGUUAAUGUCACGCAGCCAUUUCAAAGAAUUUCAAAUUGGUCCUUUAAACUGUCAAAAACAUAAAAAAACAUCGUGUUUCGAUUUUGUCUGUAUGUUAAUUGGACACGAAAAACUUUACUGUUAUGUGUGUAAUAAUAGGAAAACGACGAGCGUGAAAUCUUGUUAAUACGCGGUGUCAACACAAGAAAAAGAGAAAUAAAAUUCAUAAAAAAGUAAUCGCG